AUAGAAAAGCGCCUCGGUGGCAAAAAGGUUGACGUCUUCAAAGCGUCCAGUUUCGUCAUCAACGACAUGCUUGGAAACAAGGAAGUUAUCGAGAAUCUAAAGACAGUAGGAUUUGACAUGAUAAUCGGUGAUAUGGUGCCUUUAUACCAUGUAAUUCUCAGCCAAGUUCUGAACGUGCCGUGCAUUCACUACAGCGUGCUUUCUAUGGUACCAUCGCAGCAUGACCGCUUUGCUUUCAACCCAAGUUAUUCAGCCUACAUGCCCGAACGUCUGAGCUCGCUCACCGAUGUCAUGACUUUCCGAGAACGCACAACAAACGCCCUCUUAUACUUGAUCACGGGCUACUUCUAUUAUCAUUACAUGCUGACACCAAUGGACGAUGUUUUGCGUAAGCGCAACAUCAGACCAGAUGCCAACUUUGGCCAGCUCCUCUCCGAAGCGGCCAUGUGGAUUUUCAACUCCGAUUUUGUGUUUGACUUCCCACGACCCUUCAGUCCACACGUCAAGUUCGUCGGCGGUGUCCUGACGGGUCCUUCCAAACCACUUGAUGAGGAGUGGCAGUCGUUUGUUGAUGGCGCCGGUGAACAUGGUAUUGUCAUUAUGACAUUGGGCACUCUGAUAAGCGAUGAACUGACGGACCAACAAGCUGAGAGCAUCGCCUCAAGUCUAGCGCUGCUUUCCCAGAAGGUGGCCUGGAGUUACAGUGGAAAACUGCCCAAGACUCUAGUGUCUGCGAUGGCCCGCGAUCGAGCUUCGCCAAUGACAGGGCUGGAAGAGGUGGCGUACUGGGUGGAGUAUGCCGUGCGACACGGUACAGAUCACCUUAAGCCGCGCGCUAUGCAACUAUCGUUCGUUCAGUACUACCUGCUGGAUGUUAUAGCAAUCAUUGUCGUCAUGGUUACCAUCAUGUGCUUUUGUGUUGCUAGGGCUUGUGCAGUGUUUCGUAGAAAUAUGUUUUGGAGCAAUUGACAACUUUUAUCUGCAAACAUUGCAAUAUUGCAACAUGCUGGAGGAUGAGAAACCUUGAGAGGUCGUAUAGCAUUUAUUAAUUUACUGUGAUCCGUGUGACCAACGAUACCCAGGCAUGUAAAAAAUAGGACAAUUUAUGUCUUCCGUCGCUGUGUAUUAUGCUGGUACCUAUAGGUAGAUAGAUAUGCAGGUGUUUGGGUGUAUUAUUCGCCACUUCUUUGGUCUUAAGUACGGUGCUUUGAUUUAUACGGACAUUUUGCGUUUAAAUGCACUAGAUCUAUGCUGGUUCUCUUUAUAAACGAUGAGAGAAGUGAAUCGUCGUCAAUUAAAUCCUUCGGAAUAAGCCAUAAGAUAUUCAUCACUGGUUAUGAUUGCGGUCGUAAAACACUUGCAAAGCUGUUAUUGUUAAUGGCCGGCCUCGACUAAUUCCUGGUUUACUUGUUGGUACAAGGCCUCCGCUUAGUAAGGGCGGGGUCGUAGCCUGGCGUCGGCAGGACUUCUUCGGUAUUUAAAUGAACCUUUUGAUUUUGCCAGAUACGU